AUGUCUCUAUUUAUCAGAGACGAAUCAGACGAUGAAGAUCUUGUUUUAGAGCUUUCCAGGCAAGAAGAUGAGCGUCAAAGUCAAGAAUUCAAACCGAGUAAUGACCAGGAGAGAGAGGAAACCCUAUAUCCUCUGAUCGUAGAUGAUGGCCAUUCCCGCAUCAGACCAAAUAUUGAGGAAAUUCGGCCGGUGGACCUGCAGUUGUCGUUACCGUUACCAUUUCAGCAGCAAAUUGUGGAAGAUCUUUUGGUGUCUGAAGACAGUCUACUGAUCCUGGGCAAAGGUCUAGGACUGGAGCCAAUAGUUGCAAACUUGCUUCAUGUUCUGGCUACCCCCACAAGAAUUGAUGGGCAGGACAAACGUUCCUUGGUUUUGGUGUUAAACGCUAGCGACGAGGACAAUGAGAAGAUUCAAGAAGAGCUUCUAGAGCUGUCGUGGGCUGCCGAAGAUGACCAGGAGGAAAAUGCAGGACUUGAGAUGGAAGAAAUAGACUUGGACACAAGAGCAGUGGAAAGAGGGCAGCGACCGUUCAGUGUUGUCACUGCAGACACGCUGACCGUAGACCGCAGAAGGAGGCUUUACUUGCGCGGCGGAAUUGUGUCCGUCACAUCUCGAAUUUUAAUCGUCGAUUUGCUGUCAAACAUUAUACACCCAGACAGCAUCACGGGGCUGUUGAUUUUACACGUAGAGUCUCUCCACAACUAUUCAAAUGAAUCCUUCAUCACGGAGAUGUAUCGCUCAGUGAACAAAUGGGGUUUCAUAAAAGCUGUCUCAGAUCAGCCAGAAGCCUUCAUGAGUGAAUUUUCCCCUCUCCAGCGCAAAUUGCGAGACUUACAUUUGAAGAAGACCUUACUAUGGCCUCGUUUCCACGCUGAUAUCUCUUCAAGCUUAAAUUUACGCAACGAUAAUAAAGUGAUCGAAGUUAAGGUUUCCCUGACCAACUCAAUGUCACAAAUCCAGUUUGGACUCUUCGAGUGUCUCAAAAAAUGCAUUGAAGAGCUCAAUAGAAAAAAUCCAUCGUUGGCGCUGGAGUCUUGGAACGCCGAUAAUUGCUUGCACCCCAAUUUCUUAAAAUCUAUACACACGGUACUGUCACCCAACUGGCAUCGAAUAUCCUUCGAAUCUAAGCAGCUCGUCAAAGAUAUUGGAACUUUGAAAAAGUUGUUGCAUGCUUUGAUUAGCUACGAUGCAGUUGACUUCUAUGAAAUCAUACAAAUGAUUUUGGAUGCCAACAAGCCUUCAGUAACGAGAAAGUACUCCGAAUCACCUUGGCUGAUGGCAGAAGAAUCUCAGGCGGUUCUUUCUUAUGCCAAAAAGCGGGUUUUUACGGAUGGUAAUUACGAACUUGAAGAAUUGCCAAAAUGGGAACAAUUGACAGCGAUUUUAGACGAUAUUGCGCUUGAACAAGCUCAUUCUGCUAUUUCAAAGGGCCCAACGUUGAUCAUUUGUUCAGAAGACCGUACGUACCGCCAACUGAGAAAGAUUGUAAGCUAUUCUAACCGACAAGAGGGCGCGCGCAAAUAUAUGCUACGGAAAUUAAGAGCCUAUAUGGAUAGAAGAGAUGCGUUAAAAAAAGCAGCUAAAGAUAUAAGUGAGCACUCUACAGCAGAUCACAAUACUGGCGAGAUCAAUGUUUCUAGGACGUUUGCCAAAGAAGAUACAACCUCUAGGCGCCGAAGAACGAGGGGCGCUGCGGCUGUUGCAGCAGUAACGAAACUGAAAACUGCUUCAGUGAAUGGGGGAGAAGACAUAGACACCAUGAUGAACGUUGAUGAUAUAGAACAGCAUCUCUCUCAGAUUAUCGAGAGCACCGACGAUCCUCUUAUAGCAGAUGAGGACGUGGAUGAUAUUGUUGAAGAGGAAGCUGGCGAAGCCAAUGAAAUAAUGACUGAUGAAAACGAAAUAAAUACUCUGCAAUUUGACCCCAUGAUUGAGAGUGAGGAUGUGUGGGGUAAAAGUGACAUGUUCUUCGAAUACAUUGAUAGAAGUGAUCAAAUUGUAAUUGAGAAAUUUUACAAUAAAACUAAUGACUUACUACUGCAGGAACUCAUGCCGUCGCAUAUCAUAAUGUAUGAGCCUGAUCUAUCAUUCAUAAGGAGAGUCGAAAUGUUCAAAGCGCUGCACAAGGAUUUGCCUCUCAAGGUGUACUUCAUGUACUAUGGAGAUAGCGUUGAAGAGCAGAGUCACCUGACAGCCAUAAAGAAGGAGAAGGAUGCCUUUACUAGGAUGAUAAGAGAGCAUUCAAGCUUAGCACAGCAUUUUGAGGCGGAUGAAGAUCUUUCGAGGUAUAAAAACUUGACGCAACGCAAACUUCAGCUAUCUCAAAAUCUGAGGAAUUCAAGAAUAGCCGGUGGACUAAGGUCUCUAGACGUUUUAACAAGUGAUGUUGUUGUAGUGGACAUGCGAGAGUUUCGGGCCCCUCUACCAGGUUUACUUUAUCGAUACGGUGUGCGAGUAGUGCCCUGUAUGCUAACAGUUGGCGAUUACAUCCUAUCUCCACAGAUUUGUUUAGAAAGAAAGUCUAUUCCAGAUUUGAUUGGAAGUUUUAAAAAUGGAAGAUUGAGCGAUCAGUGCAAAAAGAUGUCGAAGUAUUAUGAAGUUCCGGCACUUCUCAUAGAGUUUGACGAUACCGACUCUUUUUCUUUAGAGCCUUUCAGCGAGAGAAGAUACGGAUCAAAUUCUUCAACGGCUCAUCCCAUUGGCGGCAAGUUGAUGCAAGAUGAGAUUCAAAUGCAAUUAGCGCAGCUAGUGUUGAAAUUUCCGUCGAUUAGAAUUCUGUGGUCGUCUUCUCCAUUACAAACUGUGAAUCUAAUUCUGGACCUCAAACUGGGUAGGGAGCAGCCAGAUCCCACUCAUUGUGUUGAAAUUGGUAUGACCAGAAAAAGUAAUGCUCACGACAAGAAGAAUGAAAAGAAUUCUCAGGGUAAAAUGAAAGAGCUUCUUGGAAUUCCAGGCUUCUCUAACAUCGAUUAUUACAAUCUAACAAAGCGAGUGAAGAAUUUUGGAAACUUACAAAAGCUCAGCAAGGCACAGCUCAAUGACAUAGUGAAUGACAGUGAUUUAGCUGAUCGUAUAUUGAACUACAUAUUGAUGGAAAGCGAGGAAAACUCUGACACCUUACUUUAA